AUGAUGAUAAGUAUUCGGAAAGCUGGAAAAUUGCAAAGUGUGAAAAAAAGUAAUCCGGAGAGAUAUGUUUUGUAUCAGACACUGUUUUUGGUUCUUGUCAGAUUGCUUUUCACCAGUAUGACAAUCGUCGACAUUUGCAUAACUCAUUUUGUGAUUCAAGCUUCGUAUCUCAGCUGCAACAGAAAACACGUGGAAUCUAUUUUUACAAUUUGCGGAUUCCGGAAAAGCAAUCCAGUGAGAGAUGCGACAACUACAGAGACGCCUUCUUGA